AUGCACGCAAUCGCCUUACAUCUACAACUUUGUGCCUGCCGGGCCCCCCUUAUUGGCGCCGCUACCACGGCAGCCUCUUCCUCAGCAGCAUCAGCACUUGAUCCAUCACCACCAUGGGGUGUGUCGGCAGGCCAGCGCCAGGAGUCUGGUCUAGAGCCAGGAGCUGGAGCUGGAGCCGGGGCCGGGAUCUGGGACGGCCUUGGGCCCUCAGCCGCCCCCAUCGCUGCUGUCUCUGGCUCUGACAGCCACGCCACGCCUUGGAGGCGCCUCUUUGCUGCUAUCGAGACUAGACAGCGCUGUCUGGUCCCCACCGACCACGCAGUUGGCUACUGCUCUGGGCAAGGCGCCGAAGCGCGCUGUCGUCGCACCGCAAUUUGGUACCGGUACCUGGGCCUUGUAGGCGACGGCGGUGCCGCCGCUCGCGUGCGCUGA